AAACAGGCAUAAAGACCAGCAUUAGAACCCCCGAGUUUGUAAGACCCUGGGCAGAGAGAUACAUUGUGGCUAAUUGUGUAUGUUCUAUCUGACACAACACGUGACGCAGUCCGCCCAGACGCGUAAUCUCCUUCUGCGCAUGCGCCUCUGUUUCCGGGUUUUUUUUCAUUGCCAUGCAAGCUGCAAACUGCAAGCAGUGUCUGCUGUGGGUCAUAGCGACUGUAAUCGGCAUUGUGAGUCCCGAGCCCACGGUGCGGCCGCUUGUCAUCAACACAUGGCCAUUCACAAGGGCGGCAGAAGCAGGUGAAGAACUAAAACACAAUUCUUUGCUUCCAGCAGUGGCAGCGCGCUUUGCUCUGCUCAUAGCAGGUUUCAUCCCAAGUUUCAAUAGCUGAGUAUCUUCCUGAUGGACAGCCGUCUGGGUCUGAUCAUUGAAUGUCAAGGGUCCAUAGCUGCUCUUCACGCAAACUAGCAAAGUUUCCAUGGAGGGAAUGUGCAGGGAGAACUAGUUCUUGAUUGGUGAUUGGCAUAUGUGAUAAAGGAGGAAGAGCAUUUCCUUGUCAAAAAGUAACUGCCCAACAAGACAUUGGUUAUUGUUAGUUACAAAAAAAGUACAUUUUAGGAUGUAUUAAAGAGCCUGAAACAAGCUAAAAUGCAUUACUAAUCGGUUUAUAUCUUUUAGUUGUAGUGGCAUUUUUUGUGGAAGACAAUUUAAAGGCAAACUGUAGGGUAAACAUUAACACCAAUUGUUAAGCAUUAUAUAGAUGAUUUAUUACAAAAUACCACAAACUUCCAGACAAAUCGGUGCUUGGCGAGUCUGCCUGCAUCUGCAGGAGGGACAGCCUCUCGCAGAACUUCGACAAAAUUAGAGAGACUUUAUAGUCACCAGAGCCACUGCAUCUUAUAGGAACACUAUAGUCACCUAAACAACUUUAGCUUAAUGAAGCAGUUUUAGUGUACAGAUCAUGCUUCUCAGGUUUCACUGCUCAAGUCACUUCCAUUUAGGAGUUAAAUCACUUUGUUUCUGUUUAUGCAGCCAUUGUCACACCUCCCCUUACUCUGAUUGACACAGCCUGCAGGAAAAAAUCUAGUUUCACUUUCAAUCAGAUGUAAUUUACCUUAAAGAAUUGUAUCUCUAUCUCUUUAAUCACAUACAGGAGGCUCUUGCAGGAUCUAGCAAGCUAUUAACAUAGCAGGGGAUAGGAAAAUCUAAAUUAAACAGAACUUGCAAUAAAGGAAGGACAAACUUUAGAUGACUCUUUACAGGAAGUGUUUAGGAAGACUAUGCAAGUCACAUGCAGGGAGGUGUGACUAGGGUUCAUAAACAAAGGGAUUUAGCUCCUAAAUGACAGAGAAUUGAGCAGUGAGACUGCAGGGACAUGAUCUAUACACCAAAACUGCUUACUUAAGCUAAAGUUGUUUUGGUGACAACAGUGUCUCUUUAACCCCUUAAGGACCAAUUGUCUGGAAUAAAAGGGAAUCAUGACAUGUCACACAUGUCACGUGUCCUAAAGGGGGUUAAAGGAACACACCAUUAAAACACUUUACCCCCCGCAACUAGUUAGCAGAUAUACCCCAAAGAAAGUAUGCAUUUUACCUGCAUUUUUGGGGGGAAAUAUGAAAAAAAAUCUUGCAAAAGCUGCAGCUUUUGCAAGUACUCCCAUAUAUCCAAGGUCCAGGGGAAUAGACCAAUGAAAGGCUUCUCAUUGAGAAGCCUAUAUGCUGAAUACACAGUAGGACAUGCAAUCACUGUUUUCCCAGUGCUUCUCAAUGAGCUGUACUACAGCCUUUGAAAAAAGGAGUCAGGCACACUUUUAUAGAGUAACAAAAAAUUGACAGAUUAGAGACAAUAAACGACUUUAGCAAGCUGAAAUGCUCCCUGUGUCUGGAGUGUUCCCUUAAAAAGGAAAUUACCUAAAAUGUAAGCUCUGUUUUUUCUAAUUUAAUUCACCAUAUCCAUUUACAUAGUGGCUAAUUUUCUGGCUUUCCAUUUGCAGCAACACAUUUUCACAUGUUCAAUAGACCAAAUAUUUUGUGACCCAUCAAUCUUCCAAUACGUUGCAGCUUACUCUUAUUUAAUUGUAUUCUUCAGGUAGUGUUAACGUUUGCUUUAAAGGACCACUAUAGUUUGUUUUCCUGGCACUAUAUAGUCCUAGGGUACCCCCCCUCCCUUAGGGCUCCCCUCCUGCUGGGCUGAAGGGCUUUAAAACCCCUUCAGCCACUUACCUUAAUCCAGUGCCACGCUCUCUUGGUGCUGGUGACCUCUCCUCCCUCUCCGAUGUCAGCUCCUGAGUGGAGCCAAAUGCCCAUGUGCCGCCAGAGCUGUGCACAUUCAAACUGCCCAUAGGGAAGCAUUACUCAAUGCUUUUCUAUGGACGUUCUGCGUGCUCAAUGCGAUUUACGCAUUGAGUGUAGCGGAAGCGCCUCUAGCGUCUGUCAGGAAGACAGCCACUAGAGGUUGUAUUAACCCUGCAAUUCUAAACAUAGCAGUUUCUCUGAAACUUCUAUGUUUACAGCUGCAGGGUUAAAACCUGGGGGACCUGGCACACAGACCACUUCAUUGAGCUAAGUAAGUCAAUAUGUAAUAUGUAAGUCAAUAUGUUUUCAGCAUGGAACGUGUUGGAACUUGGUGGAUCUGCUCUGGAUGCUGUAGAGAAAGGAUGCACACAAUGUGAAAUCGAUCAGUGUGAUGGCAGUGUAGGUUAUGGAGGAAGCCCUGACGAAUAUGGUGAAACCACUUUAGAUGCCAUGAUUAUGAAUGGGUAAGUACUUUUUUAACAAUCCGCUUGGUAUGGGGUAUACAAUCCGUACAUAAUAAUGUGAUGUAUAAACCUUUUUAAUAAAAUAUUUUAUUUAAAACAUUCUUAUGAUACAACAAAUACUUUUGUAUAUUUAUUUUAGUAACACAAUGGAAGCUGGAGCAGUUGCUAAUCUUAGACGGAUAAAAAAUGCUAUAGGUGUGGCGAGAGCUGUGAUGGAAUACACUAAACAUACAUUUUUAGUUGGAGAGUCAGGUAUGUAAAUCAGUGUAAAAGUUAAUCUGAAUUCUGGUGGAUAAACAGGUACAGGGUGAAUGAAGCCAACCUUCAUAAAGGGACACUCCAGACCCCAUCACUUCCAUAAUCUGGAAAAUAAAAAUGUCCUGGUAUCUGGAAGAAACAAUUGAUCCCCUCACAGCUUCCAUACUGAAACUUGUACAUUUUCUUUAAUUAUGCUUCUACAAGGGUCUACGUUCGGCUUCCAUGAAGUUAUAGACCUUUUCAAUAAGUUUCUUCACCAUUCUGGAUUUGGCGUUGCAGCCUUUAGUUUUGAGAUUUCUUAGAGCCAUUUGUAAUCUAUGUGAACCCCUAUCUGAGCCUUUAAUCUCAUGCAGUGUUAUAAUCCUGCCAUGGAAAACCCUGUUUUUAGUAACAAUUACCUCAAUUAAGAGACUGCGAGAGUUACAAGCACUGGUGCAUUGGGAACCAUACCUUGUCUUCCAUUUGGAUAAAGUCAUCCCAAGACUCCAACCUUUCUUUAGACCAAAGGCUGCUUCUACUAUUAACAUCAAUCAUAAUUUCAAUAUAUUUUACACACCUUUUAAUUCAUUUACCUAUAGCCUGGGUAACCUAAGUAUAUAGCAUAUUUUCUCAUCAUUAUGUUUUAUCUUGUAUGCUACAGUUAAGUUUUACCAUUCCCAGUUCAUAUUAUUGGAUUGUUUACUUAUUUUUUUCAUUUCAUUGUUUGUUUCUGCUUGACUAACCCUCACCUAAAAUGUGCAUAGAUGCAUCGCUUUAAUCCUUAGCUUUAUUGCAGGCCUAUCUGACCAUAAUAUAUCUCUCUCCCACAGCCUGAGUUAAAAGAUACCCUGCUUUAGAUAAACACCUAGGGCUUUUUACCCCGGCUCACACUAAGCAAGCCAGUAACCAUAUGAAGCUCAUUCCGGUACCCUGUCAUUUAUCCUCUAUUUCCAAUGUUCCUUGUGUACUUUGGAACACCCACUCUGUCUACGGCAAUCUAAAAUCUACAGAUAUACACAACCUCUUCAUUUCAAAAUCUCUCACUUUACUAGCACUCACUGAGACUGGCUGUCCCCCUCUGUUACUCUUAGUGCAACUACUGCUUCUUUAGGCUUUGGCGGGCUACAACUAUCCCACACUCCCAGACUCAACCACUAUAAAGGAAUUGGUGUAGGCAUCCUUCUCUAACCCUCAAUGUACCUUUCAGCCAUUCUUACCUGCCCCUGCCUUAUCUUUUCCUUCAUUUGAAGUUCACACUGUCCGCCUAUAUGAGCCCAAUCCUUUAAGAAUCUCCACCAUUUAUUGCCUCCUGGUCAUCCUAGCUUAUUCAUUGAAUUCUAUUCUUCCUUGCGACACCACUUUCUCUCCCCUAGCACUCCCUUAUCCUUGGGAACUUUCAUAUCCCCAAUCAACAACCCUUACUUCAAUGAUGCCUCUCGACUGCUCUCAGUAACCUCCUCCUUCCGCCUCACUUAAAGGACCACUGUAGUGCCAGGAAAACAUACUCGUUUUCCUGGCACUAUAGUGCCCUGAGGGUGCCCCCACCCUCAGGGACCCCCUCCCAUCCGGCUCUGGAAAGGGGAAAGGUGUUUAAACUUACCUUUUUCCAGCGCUGGGCGGAGAGCUCUCCUCCUCCGAUCCUCCUCCUGGGCUGAAUGCUCACGCGCGGCAAGAGCUGCGCGCGCAUUCAGCCCGUCGCAUAGGAAAGCAUUUACAAUGCUUUCCUAUGGACGCUGCGUGCUCUCACUAUGAAAAUCACGUGAGAAGCACGCAAGCGCCUCUAAUGGCUGUCAAUGAGACAGCCACUAGAGGAAAUAGGGGAAGGCUUAACCCAUUCAUAAACAUAGCAGUUUCUCUGAAACUGCUAUGUUUAUAAAAAAAUGGGUUAACCCUAGAAGGACCUGGCACCCAGACCAAUUCAUUAAGCUGAAGUGGUCUGGGUGCCUAGAGUGGUCCUUUUAAUGGUCCAACUCAGGGCUCCACAAAUCCAGGGGCCAGGUCGCCAUGUUAUUCAGCCCAUUUAGCUGCGAGGGAGAGUAGAGCCAGCCAGCUGAGGCAGAGUGGAGCCGGGCAGUGAGGUAGCAGUAAUCUUCAAGCUCUUCUUGCUGUGAUCCCGGGAGCCAGGAUAUGAUGUCACCACAGCAUCACUAUACAGUGAGUGAGGAAGCAGAGCAAGAGGAGCUUGACAAUUACAGCAGCCAUACUGGAUCCCCAUACUGGACUCCCGCUCUUCCAAAGAUAGGGAGUUUGGAUGGAAUUAUAUAAAAAAAACAAAAAAAAACAAAUGUGUUAUAAUUUAUGAGUGUGUGAGAGAAUGUGUGUGUAUCUGCCAGUUAGUGUGUGUUUGCGUAUCUGUCAGUAUGCAUUUGACUGUUUAGGUGACUGGCUCCACUCCUCUUCUCAAUCUCUGAUCUCGGCCAAGCCAAUGCUUUCCCAAAGACAAUAAAGCAAUACAUAUAAAAUAGUUCAUACAAGUUGUAGGUAAUUUUCUAUUGUAAUCUUUUUGUAAUUUCCAGAGAAGUGAAUUUCCCUUUUAAAUCACUUGGAUUCUGGUUUUGGGGUUUUAAGUAAAUAGAACCAGAUGUAGAAUGCAGUAUUUUAAGUGAAUAGAACCAGAUCUAGAAUGCAGUAUUCAAAAGAAACAACAUUUUAUAAAUUUCAUAACUAUACAUUUCAUUUUAGCAUCCUUGUUUGCGCAAAGCAUGGGUUUUCCAAGUGAAGAUUUAACAACCAGUAAAUCUAUUUCUAUUUAUUCUAAGUGGCUUGACCAGAAUUGCCAACCAAACUUUCGAAAGGUAUGUGACCGUCAAAACCUUUUUAGAUAUAAUUUUAUUCUUGUUAAAUUGGAAUCAUUUAAAGAAAUAUCCAGCAUUUGUUUGAGUUGUAAUUUUUCAAUAAAAAGUGUGAAGUCUGUUGAUGUAUAAUGUACUGACAGCAUUUUCACACACUCUACAAAUGAAGGCAGUGCUUAACUUUACACAAACUUAUUAAAUGCAUCUGUGACUUGCUCUUGCCAGUAACCUCAAACAUUGGAUUUAAAUUGUGGCUACAAGUCACUGCAUUCGUAGUGCAGGAGUUCCGUUCACAGUAAGAAGCUUUCAGUUUAGGCAACGGAUUUAUUGACCUUAUUAAUAAAAUUAAUUGCUGCCAAAUGCUAAACUUAAAUUUAAUUAAACCCACAGUGGCCUGUAGUUUAGGGGAUAGCCUUUGCACCUACUGCAAAUAAUAGACACAUCAUGAUUGGCUGAACAACUUCAUGAUUUGUACAGAUCUUAUUGGAUAAGUUCCAAAGCCUGGAUAUAUUUAGUUUAUUAUUCAUGUUUCUUAAUGCAAAGAAAAGUAGGGGUUGUCUCCAACCUAAAAUAUCUCCCUCCCACUUUUGUAACACCCACAAGUCAAAAUCUUCCCAUGCUCCGUCCAGUUGGGUUAAGCAGAGCAUUACUCUCCCAUGAUGCCGAUUUCUUGGCUUAGAAGCCAGAAUGCUUGUCUUUGAAUGAAGUGAUGUUAGCCAUUACAUAUCUAUACUGUGUAGCCAGGGCUAGCAAAACCAGCAAGGGAGCUACCAUAGCAACUUCAGCACAUUCGCUUCUACUGCUUUCCUUUUCAAUCAAUUGCUUGGCAUAGUGUCUAUUCCAAAGAACUGAUUGACAGGUGUAAGAAAAAAAUAUUUUUAAAUAGGUUCUUCUCCCGAUCUUUACAUUUACUAGUGAAAUUAUGAUGCUCUUUAAAAAGAGCAAAACCAGUUUUGGGCAUGACAGGUGCCAUUUGUCACUCUCACACAUAUUUAAAUAUACCACAUCAGUUAUAUAUAUUUAUAUAUAUAUAUAUAUAUAUCCAACUGGCAGCACACUACACACACAUACCUACACAAACAUACAUUCAUACAGGCACCUGUGUUGGCAGAGAGUAGAGGUAAAACAUCGUCCCAAGCAUCAGAUGAGAAAGAAGGCUGCCUUGUAACUCUGUUAUGAGAUGAACUUUUAAUCACAAAAUUCUUGAGUUGGGGCAGAGUACCUGACCACCACUGACCAGCAUUUCUGGGCAGAGGUAAGAGGUCUCCUCUAUUGUCCUGUGUGUAUCUACUUUCACGGUCUUUACAAUCUGGAAACCAUUUCUCCUGCAGGUAAUGCAACAGACGAGAUAAACAUAGUUAGAAGGUAUACGAUUGUAAUGGUUAAUGAUAUGAUCAUCCCACCUAAACUAUAAGAGACACUGCAUUAAAGGGACACCAUAAGCACCAAAACAACUUUAUCCUAGUGGAGUGGGUUUGGUAUGUAGCUCAUAACUCUGCAGUCUCACUGCUCCGUUCUCUACAAUUUAGAAGUUAAAUCGGCUCUAAUCACACCUCUCAAGCAUAUGGCUUGCACAUUUCCUGCUAGAGCCUACAGGAAGCAUCCUGUGUGUGAAUGUUAAGUUAGGAAAGCAGCACUCGCUCAUGUGACCACACCACCCCAAUAUCUUAUCAAACUGGCACCCACCUGUUAUAUAGGCGAAAACCCGCACACCGCUUGACAACCUGAGCAAAAUUUUAAUGUUGAUGCUUCUAUUUUGGCUUAUCGCAGCUACCUCUUGCCCCCUCAUUAAAAAAAAUAUGUGCAGAUAAAUCUAAUGCCACUGUUAUGCUGAGUGUUUCUCUACCCUUGCACAUGCUGUUGUGGCAGCGCAAUAUCAUUAUCUAUGCACGGCCAAAAUAAAGAAUUUUAAAAAUAAAAUUAACAAAGCAGGAGAUAAAAACUUGUAUAGUGAACAUGCUGUGCUGAUUAAAAAUGAAAUAUUAUUUUCAUGCAGGCUGUCAGUCACAGCCAGAAGAUGUUUGGCCAAGUCUGCAUAAACAGAAACGGUGAUUUAACUCCCAGGUGGCAGAGAAUUGAGCAGUGACACUGAAGGAGCAUGAUCUAUAUUCUAUACAGUAAAAGUGGUUCAUUAAACAAAAGUUAUUUUGAUGCUUAGAGUAUACGUUUAAGUCCCAGCAAUAAAAGAAACUGUAACUAACAGUUAAAUAAUGGUUUGACUCCUUGCUGUGGAAUAGCACCUGGAAACUCCUGACACCAUAACUACUACAGUGAGAUGUAGUUAUUAUGGUGCUUAGAGGGCCUGUUGAAUGUUCAUCAGCAAUAUUUGUAUGUGACCUCUGUUGCAUGCUAUCCUUAAUUUAUAAAUACAUGGAAAAACAACUAUUUUAAAGGCACAAUUUAGGCACCAUAACAACUUAAUGUAAAUUAAUUUGGUAUGGUGCCAUCAGGACCCGGGCGCACUCUUAUCUCAGGGGAUUUAAACCCCAAACCCUCUAUCGCUAAUCUCAAUUCCCCCCCAGGUGGCACCUGGCUUCUGAAAUUUCAGUUUCGUGAUGGGUGGAGUGCUGCCGGUAGGAGCGCUGUUGUUUGGCUGAGACUCCCCCUUUACAAAACUGACUUGGAAAAAGGUUGAGAUUUAACCCCUUGAGGCAAGAGUGCGUCUGGAGGCCUCCUAGCACCAUGACAACCCUAAUUUAGAAGAAGUUAUUGUGCCUAGUGUUCCUUUUAAAUGCAGAGAUUGCUUUUUCUAUAUUUUCUUGGAAUAAUCAUCUGUAGAUAUAUUAAAUGUGCUGUGUUUAUGAUGGCAUUUUCAUUAGAUUUCAUUUGUAAUUCUUCAACAUAUUUGUGUUCACAUUACAAAAUUUUGGCUUUAUUGUUUCAUGAUUUAUGUCUUUUACUUUUAAGAUUGAUCUGAUUCUGUGAGGAACAAUAGUGGUGAAGGAUGUUAUUGCAGGGUUUUCACGAUUUGUUUUGUUAUUUUUACUCCUGGAACCACAAGUUGGUUUGAUUAUAAAAUGCCCAGAAACACAUCAAAUAUGUAUUUAAAUGUCAUCUUACCACAGUAUGCAUUAAUCAUAAUUUUACUUUGCAGAAUGUAAUUCCAGACCCUUUGCAAUCUUGUGGACCAUAUAAGCCAGUGAGAGGAUUACAAGUUGGAAAACAGGCUGUUAUUCAGAAGGAUGUCAACGUGCAUCACCAUGAUACAAUCGGUGAGAAGGUUUCUCAGUUUUAUUGAACUUACAUAGACAAUACACACUUUGCUAACUUGUCUCUCAUAAAGGUUUGUUCAGUGUUUAAAUGAGUUAAAAGUUGAAUCAAGUAAUGCCAAUGAUUUUGUUUUUUUAAUGUGUUGAUAGGGAUGAUUGCAAUUGAUAAAGCUGGAAAUCUUGCUGCAGGAACAUCUACAAAUGGUGCAACUCACAAAAUACCUGGGUUAGUUAAUUUACGUUAUUCCUAAUGUCACUUUUACAGAUUUUGAUGGGCGAUAACUUUCUUCCAGCCAACAUGCAUUAAAGGAACACAUUUCAAGCACCCAUACCACAGUGUGCUGUAGUUGUUGUGGUUCCAGGAUUACGUAGAUCUAUCCCUUCAUCCCUAUGCCUCAUCUGUGUGGGCUAAGCAUGGCAGUGCAGGGCUUGAGUCAUUGGUUGAAAGUGAUCAGCUGACACUCUCAGCCAAUCAGGGCUUGGUUAAGGAGAGCUAAAAGAAACUCCUAUGUAUGAGCUUCUGGAUUUGGUAAAUGAUGCAGAGGAAUUCAGCAUCUGAAUAAAAUGGUUUGAAUACUAAAAUGGAAAGGGGAGAAGCCAGGGCACUCCCUGUAGUGUUCUGGUGUUUGGAAUAUUCCUUUAACAUUUAUGAUACAUGUGGGUCAUUCCACCAGCAUUUGUAAUGGACAUUUUAGUAACCCAUACUAAAAUGUGGUUCCUGUUCCUUACUAAGGCAGGGAUGUGCCUUCUUUUUCCUUCUGUUUGUAGUGUAUGGCUUUCAUUAAAGGGUCUCUCAGAAAAACAUAAUCAUUACAAUUUGCUGUAGUGCUUAUGGUGCAAACAUACUCCUGUUCUGUGUCAAACACAAGGGUCACAUGAUAUGAUCUCUCACUGAGCACAUUACUGUUGCAGAUUUUACCUCGAAUGCUCUUGGAGAAAAACUGAAGUCAAAAUACCACCCGUACUGGUAUGAAUGUUUGUGGUGUAGUUUUAUUUUUGCUUUGCUGUUAUAGGGACACUAUAGUCACCAGAACAACUACAGCUUAUUGUAUGUGUUCUGGUGAGUAAAACCAUUCCCUUCAGGCAUUUUGCUAUAAACACUGUCUUUUCAGACAAAAUGCAGUGUUUACAUUACAGCCUAUUAACUCCACUGGCCACUCCUCAGAUGGCUGCUAAAGGUGCUUCCUGGGGUGGUGCUGCACAGUGUGCAGCAGUACUGCCAUUCAGUGUUUCCACCCUUUGUAUGCAGACAUGGAACUUCCACAUAGAGAAGCAUUGAUUUAAUUCAUCUCUACGAGGAGACGCUGAUUGGUCAGGGCUGUGUUUGACUUGUACUGGCUCUGCCCCUGAUCUUCCUCCUUGACAGUCUCAGCCAAUCCUAUGUAUAAACAUUGUGAUUGACUCAGACCACCACUUCUGAUGAUGUCAGCAGACAGAGACAGUUCACAGGCAGAUGCAGCAGCUUCAGACUUGAAUACAAGUAAGAUUUUACUAUAGUUAGGGAGGCCAUGGGGGCUAAAUGGUGGUUUUAACAUAACAGGGUCAAGAAUACGUUUGUGUUCCUGACCCUAUAGUGCUCCUUUAACUGAUUGUGGACUUAGUUAAUUGAGACCAGGAAUAUUUAUUUGGAUUAUUAUUUGGAUCAUUUUUAGUGUACCUGAGUUAUCUAAAUUAACCCAUGCCCAAAUGCAGCAUGUAUACAUUAGAAGAACUUCCAUUCACUCAAAUGGCUACACCAGCGGUUCCCAAACUGUGCUACAGCACCGGGCAAACAUUACUGCUUAACAGGGGCCCAUGUAAUGUCGGACGGCUGGGAGGAAGUGACAGCCUGUCACUUCCUCCCAGUGUCAUGCAGGGAGAUAGCUCAGGACUGAGAGGAGGCAGCUGCCGCGUGAGGGGAGAGGAGCACGAAGAGCUCCAGACCCCUCACUCCCACCAGCAGCAGGACUCCAAGCCACCCUCCUGGCACAAAAGGUAAGCUUACAGGAGUGUGGCUGGAGAUACACACACUCACACAAGUGAUUUUUUUUUUAUAUGUGUGUGGAUGCAUCUUACAUAGUUACAUAGCUGAAAAGAGACUUGCGUCCAUCAAGUUCAGCCUUUCUCAUAUAUGUUUUUGCUGUUGAUCCAAAAGAAGGCAAAAAAACCCAGUCUGGAGCACAUCCAAUUUUGUAACAAACUAGGAAAAAAGUCCUUCUUGACCCCAAAAUAGCAGUCAGAUGUCUCUUUGGAUCAGACAGCUAUUACUCGACUAAUUAGAAAUUAUAUCCUUGUAUGUUUUUGCAAGUAUUUAUCCAAUUGCUGUUAAAACAUUGGUAUGGACUCUGAUUAAACCACCUCUUCAGGCAGAGAAUUCCAUAUCCUUAUUGCUCUUACUGUAGAGAAAAACUUUUCUUUGCCUUAGAUUAAUUCUCCUUUCUUCCAGCCUAAAUGUGUGACUGUGUCCUAGGUAUAGCCCUGUUUAUGAAUAGAUUUCCAGAUAAUGAUUUGUACUGGCCCCAAAUAUAUAUGUAUAAUGUUAUAACCCCUCUGAGGCACCGUUACAAACGAAAGAUAUUUAAAUUUUUUAACCUUUCUUCGUAACUAAAAUGCUCCAUUUCUUUUAUCAAUUUUAUAGCUCAUCUCUGCACUUUUUCUAGUGCCAUGAUAUCCUUCUUUAGAACAGGUGCCCAAAAGUGCACAGCAUAUUCGUGUGGUAUUACCAGCGAUUUAUAAAAAGGUAAAAUUACAUUUUCAUCCCUAGAAUAUAUGCCCCUAUUUAUACAUGACAAAACUUUACUGGCCUUAACAACUGCAGAUUGGCAUUGCAUAUUGCUGCCUAAUUUGUUGUCUAUAACAAUUCCCAAAUCCUUCUCGUGUGUGGUUAUCCAUAAUUCACUACCAUUUAAGUUAUGUGUGUUUGUGUGUGGGUGUCAGGGUGUGCGUGUGUCUGUGUGUGUGUGUUUAUAUAUCAGUGUGCUUCUGUGUCUGUGUGUGCACAUACAUUUGUGUAUGUGCGUUUGUGUGUCAGGGUGUUUGUUUUUAUGUCAGUGUGUGUAUAUCUGUGUCAUGUUGUGGGCACAUAUCAAUGUCUGUGUGUGUAUCUAUGUGUUUAUAUGAAUUUGUGUGUAUGUUUCGGUGUAUUUAUAUGCAUCUGCGUGUUAAUGUGCAUAAAUAUCUGUAUAAGUAUGUAUGUAUGUAUGUAUGUGGUAGUGCAGGCAUAGGCAACCUUUGGCACUGCAGAUGUUUUGGACUACACCUCCCAUGAUGCUUUGCCAGCAUUGUGGGUGAAAGAGCAUUAUGGGGGAUGUAGUCCACAACAUCUGGAGUGCCGAAGGUUGCCCCUGUGGUAGUGUAUGUGCAUACAUCCAAGCAGUCAAACACCAGCACAACAUACAAGCACACUCCUGCAAUCUAAUACAAAUAUAACAUACAAACACACCCCUGCAUUCAAUCUAAAAAAAAUAAUAUACAAACACACCCCUUUACUCAAACACAAAUACUUCACACAAAUGUAUAUCCACAUUUAAAAGUGAACAUUACAUUCAGAUACACCCCUGUGUUAAAACACAUUAAAUGUAUACAAGCACCCCUUCUGUACAUUACACUAUAGCGCCAGUAAAUCCUGCAGCGCUGUGCAGAUAUUCAACCUAGAAAUUUUGACUUGGGGUGCCUUGAAAAAAAUACUGAAAUAUUAAGGGUGCCUUAGACCUAAAAAGUUUGGGAACCACUGGGCUGCACUCAAUAUGCAACAUUACACUUACAGCAGCUAUAUCACAUAUUCCACCCAUCAGUCACAUAUGUGAACUGUUAAUUGUAAUUUUAAAAGGAACACGGAGGAAGGAGUUUGUAUAUAAUAGUUGGGCAAAAUAUGUGUAGGGAAAAAAACUAAUAUUUACAGGGCAAAAUGUGAAAAGCAUUGAUGGUGCCAUCAGCAGGAUUAGCCUAAUGGCACCGCACGUUGGCUUCCAUGUUGGAAAUCAGAGGCAACAAAUGUAAAUUGAUGGAAGUUAGGAGCAGGAAAUCUUACUGACUUAUGCUUUUUAAUUUCUUUGACAAAACAGGGUGAACUGCUGUGUGCAAAAUCUGAGGAAAGAAAUAAGAGCUUGCACUAAACACCGAAACUUAGUGGAUUAAAAACAUAAUUGCAAAAUUAAGGGCAGCAAUAGUAGAAAAAUUAUCCAGGUUUGCUAUAGUUUGGUUAUUUGAACCCAAAUUUUCCAGUGAUCUUGUGGCCAGUUUUGUAGCUUUCUGCAGCAUAACCACACCCUCUUUGCAAUGACUCCGCUUUUCACAAAAUGUCUUCCUGAUUGUCCUCAACUUCAUUGUACGUGCUCAGCCAGUGAGACAUCAGUGUGAGCUGAGCUCAUAACAUGACUCCGCCCCACAGCCAAUCACUGUCCUCUUAUCUGCCCCGACUUCCCUUAGUGCAAACACAAAUGAGGUGGUGAAUGGAGAUUGCGAUGCAACAUAGUGCAGGCAGCCACUGAAAACAGGGUAACUACCCAAUCCCUUAAAGGACCACUAUAGUGCCAGGAAAACAUACUUGUUAUCCUGGCACUAUAGUGCCCUGAGGGUGUCCCCACCCUCAGGGACCCCCUCCCGCUGGGCUCAAGGGGGAGGAAGGGGUUAAAUUUACCUCUUUCUCCAGCGCCGGGCGGGGAGCUCUCCUCCUCCUCUCCGGCUGAAUGCGCAUGCGCGGCAAGAGCCGCGGACGCAUUCAGCCAGUCCAUAGGAAAGCAUUCAUAAUGCUUUCCUAUGGACGUUGGCGUCUUCUCACUGUGAUUUUCACAGUGAGAAGCGCGGAAGUCCUCUAGCGGCUGUCAAUAAGACAGCCACUAGAGGCUGGAUUAACCCAUAGGUAAACAUAGCAGUUUCUCUGAAACUGUUAUGUUUACAGAAAAAAGGGUUAAUCCUAGCUGGACCUGGCACCCAGACCACUUCAUUAAGCUGAUGUGGUCUGGGUACCUAGAGUGGUCCUUUAAUAUCAGACCAAAAUAUGCAUUUAAAAAUGUGUAAAUCCUUUCCAUGCAAUACAGAGCGCCACUAGUAUAACAUUAUAGUUUGGAGGAGAGUAAUUCUCAUAUGAGGAGAAUAAGAGGACAAAAAGGUCAUAGUAUAGUACUUCAAAAAAACUUGAAUGAAUAAAAGACCCCUUAGUUCUGUGAAGUUGGCUUUGAAAUACUAUACAGAUAAUAAGUGGACAGUGAUUGACUGUGUUAUGGAGUCAUGUCAGCAGCUCAGCUCCCACACUGACAUCUCAACUGGGAAGAUUUUUUUCUAAACAAAACAAGAGAUUUGAAAGUGGAUCAAAAUACAGUAUGAAUAAUGAGACCAGAACCUGAUAAAUGACUAUCUCUUUAAAUGUAGUAACUAUCCAUGUACUAGGUUGUACCAUCUUGUAGAUAUUUCAGUCUAAGUUUUUACUGGAGGGUUAGGUUGUUCCGUUUACUAGAAUAAGUACUGCUCUCAAUUUGGCUGAAGAAAUCUGUCAAUGCAAUUGUUUUUGUAGGAUUAUUACCAGUGUCUGCUUCUUUGCAGUUUUUACCUCAUAUGACCUGUCUGUGAAGCUGUUAAUAAAUCUGCCAGUGUGAGACACUAAAGCAGCCCUGGGUGUAAAUAGCUAAAUCUACUGACUUGCACUUCAAUUUAUGGUGGGAACAUUUGCAAAUCUAGUAAAAAGAUAAAGGGGAGUUGUGCAACAAUCCCUGGAACAAGAUUGACAGUUUAGUAAAGGUAUAGACUUCUAUAUCUCAGAAUGAUUGGAAUUUAAUUAAUACUCCAUGGGCUUGUUGACUAUUCUGUGAAUGUGAUAGCAGGAUAUGAUAUGGGUUAUUUGUAUAUUGGAAAAUCUGGCCAAAAAUUUAGCUUAGACUUUAAUUUACCAGAAAAUAUCUGCACAUGCAAUGUUUGUUGGGGGAUCAAGUAACCAAUAAGAUUGAUAAAGCAAUACACAUUUUUUUAAAGAGGACAUUUUAUUGAUGUUGCAUAUUCAGACAAUUCAACAAAACCCCACGUUUCGAAAAAAGAGGGUCUAACCAGGUUAAUUUAUAACCAAUUUCUAUUGAGAUCAUAUUGUACAGCGCUACGGAAUCUGAUGGCGCUAUAUAUAAAAAAAAUCUUUUUUUUUUUUUUUUUGUAGAGUGAAAAAGGACACUCCUCACACAUAAAUCACUUUAGCAUACGAGUGUCUGGAAUGUCUCCAUUAAAAGCCUAACUAAAGCAUAAUGUAAACAAGUGGGGGGGGGCAAAAAUGAUUUUACUAUAAUUAAACCAAAGCACUGUCCACGUUUCUGCAUAUAGUCUUGAAUCCAUUCAAUAUAGUAUGAAACUGAUAUACAUGUAUCCUAUUUUCACUCACAGUAAUAACUUGAAUAUUUUAUUGGGGAACUUUUUUUUUAAUUAUUUUUUUAUAUAAAGUGUCAUGCAAUUUACAUGUCAAGCUAUUUUAGACGUGUAGGAGAUUCGCCAAUUAUUGGAGCUGGAGCAUAUGCUGAUAGUGCAGCAGGAGCAGCUGCAGCCACUGGCGACGGGGAUACUAUGAUGCGCUUUUUGCCAAGGUAAGGCAAUGCAUUUUAAUCAAACUGAGAUGAAUCCUGUAUUGUGUCAGUUUGACAUUCAUUAAUUCAUAUGUAUUUGAUAAAGUGCUAUUAAAAAACAAACACAAGAUAAAAUGUGUGUUUUACUACUAACCCAUUUACCACAAUUUUUUUUUUUUUUUUUCUUACUCACAAGAGGGAUUGCAAUUAGAUGACAAAUAGGUACAAUUUAUAUGAAGGGGGUAGGGACACAAGGGGUAAGGAGGGAUGGGAGAGAGGGACACAAAACAGGCUUAAGAGAGAGGGGAGAAAGGGACACACAAAAGGGUCUAAGGGGGGAGGAAAAAUGGACACAAAAAAGGGGUUAAGAUAAAAAAAACACAGAAAUGGGAAUAAGGGGAGAAUAGGGACACAGACGUGGGGCUAAGGGGGGGGGAAAGGAACUAAACAGGGCUGGGCAGAGUAAGUGUCUUGCCAGUCGUGGAAGGGACACGCAAAGGGGCUAAAGGGAAGGUAAGGAGACAAGCAAAACGUCUAAAGGGAGAGGAAAGGGACACGCUAGUGGGAACUGGGGGGAAAUGCAAAUUAAUUAUGGUGAGGAGAAAAGGACACUCAAACAGGCUAAGAAAAGUGUGGACAAGGUACAAGUGGCCCAUAUUUUAAAAUAAAGUUGUAGUAACUCUUUAAUCACUUCUUUGAAUUAACACAAGAGGGGUAAUGUAAUUCCAUGUCCUUUUUUUUUUUUCUUUCUUAGUUAAUAUAUUUUGAAAAAUAUUUUAAUUCUCAAAUAUAUUCUUUUUUUGUAGCUACCAAGCUGUGGAAUACAUGAGAAUAGGAAUAGAUCCCAGUGCAGCAUGCCAAAAAGCCAUUAUUAGAAUACAGAAGUAUGCCAAAGAUUUUUUUGGAGCUAUCAUCUGCACCAACAUAACCGGAAGCUAUGGUAUGCUGAAUGCCAGGACUAACGUUUUCUAAUUUGGAAAAAAAACAUGUUUUAUGGGUUUGUGCAGCACUGUAACAUAAUUUAAGUCAUAUAAUAUCCUGUAAAUGUACGACUUUUUGCCUUUGCUCCAAAAUCAUUAGCAUGAUCUGUAGUGUGUCCAUUUAAUAUACAGCGGUUUCUAGGAUUUUCCAGCUAGACCCAACUUAAAAGGGCACUAUAAGGUCAGCAACACAAAUGUGUAUUCCUGACACUGUACUUAUAAAAUCACUGUUUAGGUGAUUGGCCACACUUACCUUGGGUUAUAAAUGUGAUUUACACACCUUUCUCCAGCGCUGCAUCUGGCUCCUCCCUUCUGGCCCCACCCCGAAUCAUCCUCCUUAGCGGACAUCAGAUUGAUGAUCUCAACCAAGCCAAUGCUUUCCUAUAGGAAAGUAUUGGGAGGCUAUUGCGCAUGCACAGCAAAAGCUGUGCUGUGCCAAUCUGCAUCUCCUCAAAGAGCUGUAUUGAUUCAAUGCAUCUCUAUGGGGAAAGUUCAGCGUCUCCAUGGAGAGCGUGUAGACGCUGAAAGGCAGCACUGACCCAGAGGGCACCUCUAGCGGCCAUUUGAGUGACUUGGUUCUAGGCUGUAAUGUAAACACUGACUUUUCUUGGAAAUUAAAAAGCCUGCUGGAGCAUGGUAUAGCCACCAGAACUACAUUAAAGGGACACUGUAGUCCAUAAAACAACAUAAGUUUAAUGGAGAAGUUUUGGUGUAUAGAUCAUGCCACUGCAGUCUCAUUGCUCAAUUCUGUGCAAUGUAGGAGUUAAAUCACUUUGUUUAUGCAGCCCUAGUCACAUCUCCCUUCAUGUGAUUUACACAGCCUUCCUAAACACUUCAUGUAAAUAAUCAUCUUAUGGUUACACUUCCUUUAUUGCAAACUCUGUUUAAGUUUGAAUUUAUUAUCUCCUGCUCUGUUAAUAGCUUGCUAGACCCUGCAGGAGCCUCCUGUAUGUAACGAAAGUUCAGUUUACAGAGCAGGAGAUAAAAACUUUUAGAGUAAGUUAAAUCUGAUUGAAAGUGAAACCAUUUUGAGUUCAUGCAAACUGUGUCAGUGACAACCAAUGGAGGAAUGGCUAGGGUUGCAUGGACAGAAACAAAAGUGAUUUAAUUUCUAAACGGCAGCGAAUUGAGCAGUGAAACUUCGGAGGCAUGAUCUAUACACCAAAAAAUGCUUCAUUAAGCUAAAGUUGUUCUGGUGACUAGAGUGUCCAUUUAAAGAAAUAUACAAAACAAGGACUUUGUAAAUUACUUCAUGUAUAUAGUUAACCACUUAUUACAAUAUUGAAAAUAAUUCUCCAUUAACCCCUUAAGACCGGAGGGCGUACUAUUACGCCCUAUUCUAAGAGGCUCUAAACGCCGCCAGGCGUAAUAGUACGCCCUCCGGUCUUUCGGUACUUACCCGGUCGCCGGCGAUCCCACGCCGGCUCCUUGAAGCCCCCCGGCCGUGUGAGAGUGGGGUCCUUGCGAGGACCCCACAAUCACAUGGCCGGGGGUAGCUGGCUGCAGCAUUGCCAGCAGGGGGACUGCCUGUAAUGACAGGUGGUCCCCCUGCUGGCUGAAAAUAAAAUAAAUAAAUAAAUAGUGUAAAAAAAAUAAAAAUAAUAUAUACUUAGAUCAUAUAUAUAUAUCAAAUUGCACGUAGACUGAUACUGAUUAAAUAUAUAUAUAUAUAUAUAUAUAUAUAUAUAUAUAUAUAUAUAUAUAUAUAUAUUUUUAUAUAUAUAUAUAUUUAUAUAUAAUAUAAAAAAUAAAAAUGUAAAUCGUUAAAAAAUAAAAUAAAAUAAUUAAAAUAAAUAAUGUGUUUUAUUUACGUUCUAACUGUAUUGUAUGAAAUUAAUAUAUAUAUCAAAAUACGUGGAAGCAAAUAUAUAUCUAUAUACAUAAUAUGUCAUUAUAUAUCACUAUAUAUAUAUAUAUAUAUAUAUAUAUAUAUAUAUAUAUAUAUAUAUAUAUAUAUAUAUAUAUAUAUAUAUAUAUAUAUAUAUAUAUAUAUAUAUAUAUAUAUAUAUAUAUAUAUAUAAAUAAAAAUAUAUAAAAAAAAAUAUAUAUAUAUACACACACGUGUGUGUGUGUAUGUAUGUGUAUAUAUAUAUAUAUAUAUAUAUAUAUAUAUAUAUAUAUAUAUAUAUAUACACACAUAUAUAUUUUUAUGUAAUAUUUUUACAUAAUUAGGUAUCUUAAUUAAUUACAAUUAGCAGGACCUGCCUGACAACCCAUGCCGAAAGUAAAGGGAAUUUAAUUUGCUAGCACUAUAUUUAACUCUAUAACUUUCCAAGACACCAUAAAACCUGUACAUGGGGGGUACUGUUCUACUCGGGAGACUUCGCUGAACACAAAUAUUAGUGUUUCAAAACAGUAAAUGUAUUACAACGAUGAUAUCGCCAGUAAAAGUGAAGUUUUUUGCAUUUUUCACGCACAAACAGCAUUACACGGACAAUAUUAUUGCUGUGAUACUUUUUACUGUUUUGAAACACAAAUAUUUGUGUUCAGCGAAGUCUCCCGAGUACAACAGUACCCCUCAUGUACAGGUUUUAUGGUGUUUUCAAAGUUACAGCGUCAAAUAUAAGGCUUGCGUUUCAUUUUUUUCACAUUAAAAUUCGCCAGAUUGGUUACGUUGCCUUUGAGACCCUAUGGUAGCCCAAGAAUGAAAAUUACCCCUAUGAUGGCAAACCAUUUGCAAUAGUAGACAACCCAAGGUAUUGCAAACAGGGUAUGUCCAGUCUUUUUUAGUAGCCACUUAGUCACAAACACUGGCCAAAAUUUGUGUUUUUUGCAUUUUUCACACACAAACAAAUACUAACGCUAACUUUGGCCAGUGUUUGUGACCAAAUAGCUACUAAAAAAGACUGGACAUACCCCAUUUGCAAUACCUUGGGUUGUCUACUAUUGCAAAUGGUAUGCCAUUAUGAGUGUAAAUUUCAUUCCUGGGCUACUAUACAGUCUCAAAGGCAACGUAACCAAUCUGGCGAAUUUCAAUUUCAAAUGUAACGUGCUAUAUUUGACCCUGUAACUUCCCAAAACGCCAUAAAACCUGUACAUAGGGGGUACUGUCUUACACGUGAGACUUUACUGAAUACAAAUAUGUGUAUUUUAUUGCAGUAAAAGCAAACCGUAUUAUGACAUUGACCGUUAAAAUGUCAUGUAGAACAAAAAAAAAAUAAAAAAUCGUAUUUUCUCCCAUUUUUUUUUCAUAUUAAAUUAUGUUUCAUAGCUAACUAUUUGAUAUUAAAUGAAAGCCCUGUUUCCCCUGAAUAAAAUGAUAUAUAAUAAGGGUGGGUGCAUUUACUAUGAAAGAGGUGAAUUACUGUUGGACAGACAUGUAGCGCAAAUGCCAGGUUUUGUUUACAUUUUGUUUUGUUCACAACGUGUACAUUUGGCUCCGUCCUUAAGGGGUUAAGAUGUUUUUCUUGCCUUGGUUGUGUAGAUUGGGUAUAUACAGAGACACAAACUGGGUAAUUUAAAAACAUAACUGGAUACUUUUGAGUAUUUUGGUUUUACAUUUUUAGUCCAGUUUCCAAUUCUCUAAAAUGUACUUAUAUUAUCGAUCAACAAAGGCGUCAAAAGAAAAAGAAAAUACUUGAGAAAUUAUCCAUCUGGCUAAUGAGUAAUCUUGUACUGUACUCCUUAUCCAAAUCAUCCAUAUUUUUUUUACUUUUGUUUGGUCAGGGUGCUCCUUAAUGGCAUGUAAUGAUAAACAUAGAAACUGUUAGAAAUUACUAUGUACAGUCUUGCUUCUAGGAGGAAAAAAAAGGAAAUGUGUAAACAUUAUAUAUGACAUCACAGAACUUUUACUAAAGUCUUGAGGGCUUGCCAUUUAGAAAAUAUGUACAGUGUUAGUGUAUUGACGGAAAUCAUCCUACCAAGGAAGUAAGGCUUGGUAUGAUUUGAAGUCACGUUCAGCAAGCAAUUCAUGUUCAACAACUUCUCUUAACAUAUGUCCAGAAAUCCCUUCUACAAAUUGCUCGCUAUAAUGAUAGAACAGAGUUUAAAUUUAGCUUUAGUUUGCAUGAAUAUAUGGGAGAUGUCUUUAGUUGGCUAUCAUAACUUCAAAGCAAGCGGAGAUCAGUCAUUGUGCAGCAUAUCUCAUUAGUGUGGUUUAGUUCAGCAGAGAGUACAAUUUACCAAUCAAUAAGACUUAUUAGCUUAGACUGCUUAUUUCAUACUUUGAUCUUUUACUUCCCACAGUGUUGUGUAUGUGAGAUUAGACUUGUAGAAACUCUUUACUCUUUAAUCAUUAUUAAGAUGCACUUUUUACAAGUUACAUCAAUAGUUUUGGAGUUGCUUUUUAAUGGUCCUAGAUGUGGUACAUGCUUGUAAGGUCAUGGCAGAGAUGAAGGGGUUGUUUGAUUCGCAGGUAAGAAGCUUGUUUUGGUAAAUAUAUUUUCCAUAAGCACAGAAAUGUACUUGAGAGAGAACCUCUUUGGCAACUGUUCUGCUCAUAAAAAAAUAUUAACUAUUCUAAUGCAUCAUAUUUCUUUCUAGGUGCUGCCUGCAGUAAAGCCCCUGGUUUUACUCAGUUUCAUUUUACAGUUUUCAAACCUGGAAUCGCUCGCCCUCAAGAAGAAGUGGUGGACUGCUUAUAGUAAUGGGUCAGAGUAGAUUGUCGUUAUUUGUUGAACUCUAUCUACCCCAACUUUAGUGAUUAUGGCUUUCUAUGGAUAUAAUUAAGAUCUUCUAAUUAAAUGCUAAUGUACAGGAGUGACAAACUCCGCUUUUUAGGGACCACAAUUACAUUAUUUUGUAUGGUGUUAAAAUAAAGUAUAAUGUAUGUAUUUGAGCAGUUACAAGUUUUGUUUAUAGAAGAUCCAGUAACAAUUGGGGCUGGGUUCUAUAACCUGAUGUAAUAUACUGCAAUGUAUUUAUAUUUAAUUUACCCUAGUUACACAAGCCAGCGCUAAGCAUCCCAGGGCUAUAACAUUGCAUUUUUCCUCUGCCCUUAGCAUUUGCAAGCUAUAUUUUAAAGUUUUAUAUUUCAAUAGAAAUUUAAUUUUCAUAAUGGUUAAAAGUAGAAACUAACUUUGAAGUAACAGUUUUUCUUGCAUAUAUCCCUGCAACCUCCUUUGCUAUGAGCUGUGACGUUCUGAAAAAUGGCAAAUGGUCUCUGUUCUGAAUGUCAUGAGCAGUGGCUCAUCUCACCCAGCAGUUAUUUGUAAACUUCUCUAGGCCAUCACACAUACUACUCAUAGUGUGCAGGCUUUUCAAACCCAGAUACUACAGUCCAAUGGUAAAUAUACCAAAAGUUCAGACACACACAAAUAUGCAUUCCAGACACGCAUGUAUGGUUAGUCCCAUUGCCUCAAUUCACACUACCAGGAACAUAUACACACACUACUCCAGACACAUAAAAUCUUACUACUGCAUGCACACCUUUUAGCCAAGAAGCAUUUUGCAGCAGGAGGAUGACCUCCAUGUAGGGGGAAAGAGCUGCUUCUUCUCUCCUCCUUUGUAAUCACUGCAAGGAAGUUAUGAAACCUCUUCCUCCCAGCAUUGCCAUGAGUAAGUGGAUGGCUGUCCCUCACUAGUUUCUGCAAUCACCAAGGCUGUCACCCAAGCUCUGUUAGCACUAAUGGCUAGAGGAUCAAAGCUAGCAAAGAGGGGUGCAGUAUUGCUUACACCUGGCAUAGGGGAAGAAGAGCAGUUCCCAGCUCAGUGGUCUGAUGCUUCCUUUAAAAGUAAAAUUCCAAGGAGAGAGCUUGUUUCAUUUGUUUAGAAGGAGGUAUCCUUCUAAACAAACAAUGGUAAAACAAAUGGCAAGGACUAAUUUCAUCCAUGUAGCAAGUGAUUUUUUCAUAUCUUUGAAAAAACAAAUCCCCCUAAAAUCAGAAAAUACUUGAUGCACAAGUCUAGUUCCUGAUAAUAAAAUUGUUGCAUCAAAGUAUAAAAGCAUUUUUAAAACCCUUAUUAAACUUAUUGGUAUACUACUGGCAGAGUUUCUCAAAAGUCUUCCCUACCUUAACGCCUGUGAAAAAAAAUAAUAAUGACUCAUUAUUGUUAAUGCAAAGGGCCAUUAAUCCUGUAUUUUGUCUUUCCCAAAUGCAUUAUUAUGCUCUUAUUAGCAUGUAUUGAAGUUGCAAUGUUCAUGUGUUUCUCUCAUUUACCUAAAUAGACAUUUUAUUUACCCUUCUGGAACAUUGACUUUUGCAAUUAUCUGAAGAGAAUGUAUGCCUUUUCCAAAUGACGCAAAGAUCUGUAAUAUCACUAAUGAACAUUAUACAUAAAAUUAGUCCCGGCACAGGUCCCCACUGCUGUACUUCCUUUGAAUUUAUCCCAUUAACAACUUUGUGUCGUACCUUUUAAAACAAUUACUUGUCCUUUCAACUAUUAUGUCCAAUUACAAGCAAUAUUGGCUGCAUGAGUAUUAUCAAAAGACCUAUUAAAAUCAAGAUGUCCUAUACAUAUUCUGUUUAAUAGAACAAAAAUUCCAAGCCAUUUGAUAUUUUACUACAUAUAAAGAAGCAAUUGCUGUAGAGAAGUGUGGACAGAAUAGCAGUACCUCCACCAUCCACAUUACGCAUUUUAUUCUAAUACAAACAAAAGAACACAGGGUAAUGUAUUGCAGACAGAAAUAAGACAGGUAUGCAUUCUGCAGCACAUUAUUCUUUGCGCAAUCACAGGAAUUCUUGUUUAACAUGACAAUUUAAAGUUGUGACAAUACGUAUCCACAGCGGUUUAUAUAGUGAACACCAAAUUCUCUCACACACUAGACUGAAGUUGACUACCGUCAAACACUCUGGUUUCCAAGGCAAGAUCUGCAAUUAUAGUAUAGCGGACCCACAAAAUGCCUACUCUGUAAUACAAACAUGCAAGUGGUUCCCUGUGGCUGGUUAGGUGCAUCUUUGAAACAAAUCCCUGUUUACAUAUUUGUGUAUGUAUGCAUAAACAAUGUGUAAUUCAAUAACAUCAUAGAUAAGCAAAUAUUUAUUAUUAAAAGAACAGAUUUUUUUUUUCCUGUUACAGAUCGUAUUAGACUUUGACAUUUUAUGACAACAUAAAAAAAAAAGCUGCUAGAUAUCUAUUGAACAUGUAAAUAUAUGUUGGACAGAUACAAAUUUAUAAGCAGUUCUGUUAGUUUGAAAUUGUCACUUCUCAUGUUUUUUCCUGUAAUCCAUUGCUAAAUUAAUUAAAUGUAGCUAUAGUUAUGAUUUCUUUGAUUUAUAGCAAAUAUCAUGAAAGAAAUGCCGAUACACUUACAGAGAGCAGAAUGUGUAGGAGCACACAUAGCAUAAUGUGUGCCUGCAUCCAUAAAGUGUCAGAGAUAUGCACUCCAUGCCCCAGUAGAAGCUUCAAUAACAUUUAGUCGGGUAAAGGGAGCUGCCACUAAAAUUGAAAGUAAAUAUUGCAUUGUCCUGGAUAUACCUAUGUGUAACGAGAUGUAAGUAAUAGAUUUAUUAAAGUCUGUACUGUAAUGAUUGCACAGGCUACCUGCCAGUCAUGUUGGCUACUAUAGGAGAAUAUAGUAGUUUCACUUAACUACUCACCCUAUCGUAGGCAACGAGUGAAGAGAAAAAUCAUCAUAACUUGUAAACCCAACGGUGGAGGAUUUCAUCCGUUAGACUCAGUGAUGGGGCCAAGAAUGAAAAGCACUGCCACAAGGAAAUUUUAGCAUCUAUAUAAUUUCUUUAACCACCCAUAUUAUUAACGAAUAGGUACGAAGGACCAGCAUGCCAACAUUAAAUACUGGAUGCAUGCUAACAGAGCCUCCUUAAUAUGGCCCCUAGCAACAUGAGUCUUAGAACGGGAGAUAUUUAAUCUCUUUUAAUACACUUAUGACAGAAAAAAGAAGCAGUUAAGGAUUAUAAGACUUUUUUUCCCCUAACGUUAUAAGACAGUUAUACAUUAGUUAUACCGACAAGUACUGAGUGGGGGAAGAUUAAAAAUACAAUUGCUUGUUUCUGUUAUAGAAAUACUGCUCAGCUGGCCAAAUAAAACGAUUGGCUUUACUGUAUUAUGUUUCAGUUUUUGCCCAUUCAAAGAAUCCACACUGCUUAUCCUUGCUUAAAGGACAUACAUAAAAGUUCUUGCCAUUAUUUGGACCAAGCUUUAGGACUGUCCUCAUAAUACUGCGUUUUGCGUGGUUACAUAAAGGAAACUGUAAAUCUGCCCACUGUAAAAAAACAAAAUUUAAUGUAGGUUAUACAAAAUUCCCAAACUGUAAACUUUGUUUGUUUCUACAUCUACAUAUAAUAAAUUG